UGUCACAAAAAUUGAGGAUAAUAUUCAUUGUAUUUCAAGAGAUGAUCGACUACGAGAAAAACUUAAAGAAAAUGUUUAGAAAAAUAUCAUCUUUACAAUUCGAAUAUAAACUUACAAGUGAGCGUUUUCAAUUGAUCAAUCACUUUCUCACAGAAAGCUAGUAGAUUCUAGACUAUCGAAUUUGAUCAUGAGAAAUCUUCUUAGGUAUUCAUCUACUAGUUUUUCAGACUAACAAACUUUUCAGCCCAUUUUUUUUUUCAUGAGUCUAGAUUAUAUAGCGUAUCGAACUGCAUAUGAAGCAAUAACUUUUUCUGUCUCAAAUGAUUGUUUUUUUCUGCAAAAAAUUCAGCUAUGUUAAUUCAUACAAGAGCUAUGCAUAUUAACAAAUUCAAUGUGAAAAUAUCCGAAAAAAUACUAUUUUCAAAAAUUUUUCAUCUUUUGUAUUUCUCCUUAGAGGCAACUAUAAGUUUUCAAGUCAUUGUUGACUACAGAAUGGGAUAUAUGUAGCCUUGUAAGGCAAGACUUUCUCCAUCCACUGAUACAUGUAUUAUCAAGUUCUAUUGCAUACUGUAGGCAUACUAAUAGAUCUUCAACGUAUUUUGCAAUGGUCGCGGUAAAUGUGACGCCAUCUAUCGAUAAGUUAACGGUACGGAAUAGAAGUUGAUAAUACAUACAUCGUUUGAUAGAGGAAGUCUUUCCUCUACAAGCUUACAUAUCUCUCGUCUUAUAGUCAGAAUCUUAUAGUUGCAUUUACUUAAAUGAAUAUUUAUUUUCUUAAUAAUUAGGGUAUGGGUGUUAUUUGUGCAACAAUAUUAUUAUUAUUCGAAGAAGAAGAUGCUUUUUGGAUGAUGUGUUCAAUAGUUGAAGAUCUUCUACCUGGACAAUAUUAUUCUGUAUCAUUAUAUGGUGUACAAGUUGAUAUACGUGUAUUUCGUUAUUUAAUUGAACAAUAUUUACCAAAUAUUCAUCAAUUAUUAAUUGAAUAUGAUAUUGAUUUAACAUUAACAUGUUUUCAAUGGUUUUUAACACUUUAUUCAAAUGUAUUUCAUGUUAAAUUUCUUUAUCAUUUAUGGGAUUAUUUUUUUCUUUAUGGUUCAAUAAUAUUAUUUCAAAUAGGUUUAAUUAUGUUAAAAAGAUAUGAAAAAAAAUUAAUUGAAUUAACAAAUAGUACACAAAUAUUUAAUUUUUUAUGUGAAUUACCACAAUUAUUUGAAUAUGAAUAUAUACAUAAUAAUGAAAUAUUUGAAGAAUUACCAAAAUUAUUUAAUUUAACAUCAACAAUAAUUGAUUCAUAUAGAAAAAAAUAUUUAGCACAAUUAAUGUCACAAGAAGGUUUUACAAUAAAUCCUAAAAUGCCAUUACUUAAUUUACCAAAAGAUAUUUUACAACGACGUCAUAAUCAAAAAUUAAAAUCAACUAUUUCAUCAAAUAAUUCUCAAGCAUUAAUUGAACGUAAUAUAAUACAAACAGAAAUUCUUGUUAAUUUACGUGAAGCUAUACUUAAAAUAGCUAAACAUUUUAAAGAUAAUGAUCCAAAUGGUUAUAUUGAACAAAAUAUUAAUCUUGAUGUUGAUUAUUCAAUUGAAUCACAUGUUAAAGAUCAUGAACAUUAUGCAAAUAUAUCAUUACAAAAAUAUAAACGUGCAAAAGCUUUAUUAGAUUUUGAAAGUCAAGAUUCAAAUGAAUUAAAUUUUAAACGUAAUGAUAUUUUAAAAAUUUUAUCUAUGACAGAUGAAGAUUGUUGGAUUGGAGAAUUAAAUGGUAAACAUGGAUGGUUUCCAGCUAAAUUUGUACAAUUAGUUGAUGAAAGAUCGAAAUUAUAUUCAUUUGCUGGUGAUGAUAGUGUUAAUGAAUAUAUAUUAGAUCUUGUUAGAGGAAAAUUAGCUACUUGUAUUAAAGCUAUAUUUGAACAUGGAUUAAGAAAAACAUCAACUGUACUUGGUGGUAUAUGUCAUCCAUGGUUAUUUAUUGAAGAAGCAGCAUUACAUGCAAUAAAUAAAGAUUUUGAUAGUGUUUAUGCUCGUCUUAUACUUUGUAAAACAUAUCGUUUAGAUGAAGAUGGUCGAAUUUUAACACCUGAAGAACUUUUAUGUCGUUGUAUACGUUCAAUUAAUUAUACACAUAAUCUUGCUCAUGCACAAAUGGAUGUUAAAUUACGAUCAUUUAUAUGUGUUGGUCUUAAUGAACAAGUUCUUCAUUUAUGGUUAGAAACAUUAUGUUCAUGUACAGAUAUUAUUAAAAAAUGGUAUUUACCAUGGUCAUUUUUACGAUCACCUUGUUGGGUUCAAAUAAAAUGUGAUCUUCGAGUUUUACAACAAUUUUCAUUUACAUUACAACAAAAUUUUGAAUUACCAAUAGCAUAUAGACAAUUGGAUGUUCUAUCGGAUGUACGAGAUAUGCUUAUAAAACAUCAUUUAUUUAGUUGGGAUCUUUAG